AUGUUUAUUAAACCUUUUAAGAUCAAGUCCAACAUUCUCGUGACGGGAUCCGAGAAAAAACGAUUAAGACAGCGAAUUAUGGCCCAAUUUAACCGUGUGGAUGAAGAAUCGGCAACCUCACCACUGGCUGAACUGUUCGGAAAUCGGGCCAAAGUGUGUACGGUCAAAAUCAUUACCUACCACGAAGAACCGGUAACGGUGUACACUAGCGAUAAGCGGCCAAUAUUUUUCGAACUGAAUGGGAAACUUCUACCGACCGUGUACACGCUAUGGAGUUGUCCGGAUCUGGUACCAGCGUUCACUACCCAUGCCACGGUGCUUCCCAAGCUGGCAAACGGUGCCGAUCUGAUGAUUCCCGGUGUUGUGAAGCAGGGCACAAAUCUGGCCUCCUGGGGCCGGCAUCAGAAGAAUGACAUUGUAGCGGUAAAUCUAACGUCCAAUCGUGCCGCUGUCGGAGUUGGACUGUUGGCACACUCUAGCAGCGAUCUGUACAUGUGCGGAGGACACGGAGUUUGCGUGAAAAUGAUGCACGUGUUUGGUGACAAACUGUGGGGAAUGGAACCGUCUGUGUGUCAGCAAGUGCCGCUGCAGGGAACGGUAGUGUCCGUGCCGACGGAAUCAGACUUUCCUCCGCUCGGAAGCGAAAAAGUUAAACCCGUAGAGGAUAGUGUAAAGGAGGCUACAAAAUCACUGGCGAAAUCGGUCAUUACAAGUAAAGAGGAAUCUGGAAGCGAUGAUGAGGCAUCCGACGAGGACACGCAAGAACCGGAAGAGGAAGAAAAACCUCCCAAUCCCGACGAUCUGAUUAAAGGUGCGUUCCUGAAUGCACUGAAACUGCACGGCAAGAAAAUAACGCUUCCCCUGUUGACGAGCACAUUCUACCCGCAGUACGUCCAGCCGGAAAUUCCGGAAGGGAUCGAGAUGAAGAAAAGCUCGUACAAGAAGGUUGGCACAUUUCUGAAGCGGAUGGCCGAAGAAGGCUUGAUCGAGAUAAAGGAAGAAAAGAAGGGAAUCGAAAAGGUGACUUCGCUGAAUCUGGAACAUCCGGACGUGUUAUCGUUUUAUCCAUAUAAAGUGUCAAAGCCUUCGGCCGAACAGGAGAUAAGCGGUACGGCUUCGGCGGGUCCAGCUUCAAACCCGCUACUACUAACCAAGAUGACGGCCAUGUAUGCCGUAAACGAACGGACGGCGAAAUUGUUUGGCUGCUUCAAUGUGGCAGUCGGAAACGCACUAGAUCAAACUCAAGUUCGCAACUACAUGCGAGACUAUGUGGGACGGAACAAGCUGAUUAAUCCCAACACCAAGCUGGUAACGCUAGACGAAACGCUUAAAGACAUUUGUGGUGUCAACGGUGAAGAACUUGUGGCCCUGCCGGAUCUUACCGAGACGGUUCUGAACGGCAUGACAAGCACGUUCGAGAUGCGCAGUCAGAAGGGAGCGGUAAUGAAGGGUGGUAAGCGGGCCGUUAUACACUUGACGACUGCGACACGCAGUGGAAACAAAAAGGUUACGCUUAUUAGCAACCUAGCGGAUUAUGGUAUUAAUGUGAACGAUUUUGCGAAAGCGGUAAAGCUCGGUGCAGCGGCCAGUACGACCAUGACCGAGGUGCCUGGUUCGAAGGGGGAGCAGUUGAUGGUACAGGGCAAUCAUGUAAAGUUUGUAUUUGAACUGCUUACCACCACGUACCAGGUGCCAAAAGCGUGCAUAACGGGGCUAGAGUUUGCCAAGGAACAGAAGAAGAAAAAGAAGAAAUAAGUUUUUCUGUGCACAGUGCCAAAGCAAAC